UUGCUUCCCAAUCACAUGGUUCAGGGUUCAGUCCCACUGCACGGACACUGAAAGAAGCCUGUCGUAUAUGUAUGAAUAUAUCUGUGUGUGUGUUCGUUCCUCCUCUCACACCAUCACCACCACUUGCUGGUAUGUUUACGUCCCUGUAACUUAGCGGUCUGGCAGAAAAGACCGACAGAAUAAGUACUAGGCUUAUGAAAAGGCCCUAGGAUCGAUAUGUUCGACUAAAACCUUCAAAACGGUGCCCCAACAUGGCCACAGUCAAUUGAUUGAAACAAAGAUAAAAGAUUAUAUAGAUUUAUAUAGAGAGGAUACACAUCCUACUAUACUUUUGUACACAGUAUCUAAGUGCAUAUUACAUAAUGAUAUUCAGACACAUACAAGCAUUAUUGGUGGCGAGCUGGCACAAUCGUUAGCACGUCUGGCAAAAUACUUAGCGGCAUUUCGUCCGUCUUUACAUUCUGAGUUCAAAUUUCACCGAUGUCAACUUUGCUUUUCAUCAAAGUCAUGUACCAAGCUCAAAAAGGCAAGACUCCCCCCACCACCACCACUUUUUUUUCUUCGUUUUUUUCCUACACAAACCUCCGUUUUCCGCUGCGGAGAAUACGUCUCUGUAAAAAAAAGAUGGCAAAAAUCGGCGUGUGGUUGGUUGGUAAGCAAGCUACUUACCACACAGCCACUCCUGCGCCAGAACCUGGCCCUGUUAUUUACUCAAAAGAUGAGCUCCUUCAUGAAAGACUUAAAGUUGUUCGGGUAGAAUCCAUUGGACCAGCUAACAAGCCAUUCAAAAACCCUAAAUUACCAGAUCGCUCUACUACGCUGCCAGAACCAAAAUACGGAGUUGUGGAACCGGCUCAUGUACCACCGGGUCGUGUUACUAUAAGUCAAGCAUUGAAUCUCAUUUCUCAGCACCAAACAAAUCCAAAAUUAUACAGUACCAGCCACAUUGCAAGUGAAUACAAAUUGGAACUUCAUAAUGCUCAGCAGAUUCUAAAAUAUUUUCAGGUCUUUCAUAUGCAUAUUCCAAAGAAAAUGGAAGAGAAAUUUCCUCAUCUUUUGACUGUUUUGAAAUCCCAAAUGUCUCAAAUGGAAUCGGAGAGACAGAGAAAACUUCUUGACUUUGCUAAGGAAGCUAAAAAGCCAAGUAAAAAAGAAAUCCGUGAAAAGAAUAUAGAAAAAUCAUAAUAGAAAAUGUUAACAAAUAUAAUUUUAAAUAAUU